AUGUGCUCACACACAUUAGAGACACGCUAUCAUCUUCAGUAUCAAACAUGUGCGUACACAUGUUGCAUGUGCGUAAUGCGUCAUACUCACACAUGCACUCCCACUCUGGACAUCUAGCUGUUUUCCAUGCUCCCUGUGUGUGUGUGUGUGUGUGUGUGCGCGGGUGCGUGAGGGAGGCACUAUGCAGUCAGAGCUCCACACACACAGAGCAUGCCUGUGAGUGCGGGCUCGGGCAAACAUGAGCCUUCCCAGCCCAGAGAUCGUCCACAGCAGCAGCCUGAACUCCCGUCUGAGCCCCCCUCUGCCCUCCCCCUCUCCUCUCUCCCUCUCUCGCUGCCUCUCUCUCUCCCUCUCCUCAUCUACUCUCGCCCUGCGCAGCCUCUUCCCCGCCACCUCUCCAGCACCAGCCGGGGGGACAUCUCCCGCUCUCCGCACGCCGACGUUUGCCGAGCGCCGGCCGGCCCCAUGGAGGAACCCCAGGGCAACACACUGGUCGUCCGCAUAGGCAUCCCUGACCUGCAGCAAACGAAAUGCAUGAAGUUUAAUGUGGAGUCUCCCAUCUGGUUGUCUAAACAACGAAUCCUCUGCACUCUCAACCAGAGCUUGAAGGAUGUGCUAAACUAUGGCCUCUUUCAGCCUGCGUACAACAGCAAAGCCGGGAAGUUCCUGGAUGAACAGCGAACACUGAAAGAAUACCCACUUCCCGCCAUCUCUCCUGUCCCGUACCUGGAGUUUCGCUACAAGAGGCGAGUGUACACACAAACUCAUCUGGAUGAAAAACAGCUGUCGAAGCUUCACACUAAGGUUUACAUUAAGGUGGUGAAACAUGGUACCUGUUACUUUUCUCAGCGCUGGACCAAUCAGGGAUUACAUGAUGGGAAUUCUACAUAAUGAGAGAUUACUGGCAAAUUUUAAUUUGUUCUUGAUGAUAGGGAUCAUU